AUGAAGACCUCUAUCAUUGCUUCCAUCGCGGCUGUCGCCGCCUCCGUCACUGGAGUCGUUGCCGCCCCGGCCCCCGCUGAAUUGAGCGAGCGUGGUCUGAUCAGCAUCCCCAUCGGCCUCUGUGGAGCCAUCCUCGGCAAGACCGAGUGCGAGCAGCGCAGCUCCACCUCCAGCGGCCUGAUCAACGUGCCCAUCGACCUCUGCGUCGCCGUCCUCGGCCAGGCCAAGUGCAAGCAGGCCGACUCCAACAACCAGGCGGACGGUUCCCUGAUCAACGUCCCCAUCAACGUCUGUCUCGCUGUCCUCGGCAAGGCCAAGUGCGAGCAGUCCCCCACCACCAGCGGUGGCCUCGUCAACAUCCCCGUCAACCUCUGCCUCGCCGUCCUCGGUGAAGCCGACUGCAAGAGCGGCGAUGCCUCGCCUGCCCCCUCCACCCCAGCCAAGGGUGGUCUGAUCAGCAUUCCCAUCGGCCUCUGCGGAGCCGUCCUCGGCAAGACCGAGUGCGAGCAGCAGAGCUCCACCCCCAACGGCCUCAUCAACGUCCCCGUCGACCUCUGCGUCGCCGUCCUCGGCCAAGCCAAGUGCGACCAGGCCGACUCCAGCCAGGGCGACGGCUCCCUGAUCAACGUCCCCGUCAACGUCUGCCUCGCCGUCCUCGGCAAGGCCAAGUGCGACCAGUCCCCCACCACCAGCGACGGUCUGAUCAACAUCCCCAUCAACGCCUGCCUCGCCGUCCUCGGUGAAGCCGACUGCACCAGCGGCUCCGGCAGCACCGUCACCGCCACCGCCAUCGAGCCCACCGGUACCUCCACUGCCACCUCCACCGGCGGCGUUCCCGCCGAGACCACCACCGCCACCAACGGCGAGACCACCACCGACAUCCCCACCGGAACCGGCGCUCCCUCCGGCCCCACCUCCGCUCCUACCGGCGACGCUACUACCGUCCCCUGCACUACCGGCGGUGCUGGCGUUCCCACCGGCGGUGCUGGUGUUCCCACUGGUGUCUCCCCCGUCUCCCCCAGCGGCUCCGGUAGCCCCCACGUCAGCCCCAGCGUCACCGUCGGCCGUCCUACCCCCACCGGCCGUGCCACCUCCACCAUCACCAACACCGUGACUAUCUGCAACGCCGCCUGCAAGAGCAAGACCUCCACCGCUCUGAUCCCCCACUACACCGCCCCCGUUCCCGGUAGCGGUGCUUCCCCCAACGGCCCCGGUGCCGGUGGUGCCCCCAACUCCAGCCCUACCCCUCUCCCCUUCAACGCCGCCGGCCGCGCUACCCUGUCCGGUGUCGCCGUUGUCUUCGGUGCUCUUUGCGCCGUUGCCAUGCAGAUCUAA